GGCGUUGCCAUCGAUCGGACAUGUUCCAUCCUUUUUGUAUAUAUCCACAGUAAAGAGAUUGUUAAUAUCUCCCUUCCUAACAAUUCCAAUACACUUUUCCUCAAUCGCUCCCCUUAGGUCCUGAUAUUUUGAAGAAGGUUAGGCGAAGCAUUAGACGUUCCAAAAUGGCGCAAGGACAGAAGAGGUGGAUUCUCUACGCGUUUGACAUGAGCUGCUCGGGGCACCAGAGCCCCGGCCUAUUUUCUCAUCCAAAGGACAAGAGCGCCAAUUUCGACAAGCUGGAAUACUGGACAGACCUUGCGCAAGUGCUUGAGAAGGGCAAGUUCGAUGGUCUUUUCCUUGCGGACGUGCUCGGCGGCUAUGACGUGUACAAUGGCAAUCUCGACGCUGCGCUCCGUUCAGGCGCUCAGUUCCCGGUGACGGACCCUUUCCAAACGAUCUCUGCUAUGGCGCAUGUCACCAAGAACCUCACAUUCGGCAUCACUACCACCACGUCGUACGAGCACCCGUACCUGAUUGCCCGGCGGUUCAGCACGCUGGACCACCUCACCAAAGGUAGAGUCGGAAUCAACGUCGUCACGGGCUAUCUUGACUCUGCUGCUCGCCAAUUUGGGUCCAAGAAUCAGGAGCUGCACGCCAAGCGCUAUGAGGUCGCGCACGAGUACAUGGAUGUCUUAUACAAGCUGUGGGAAAGUAGCUGGGCCGACGAUGCCCUCAAGCUAGAUGCCGAGAAGCACGUCUACACGGAUCCUGCCCGCGUGCGUGCUGUCAACCACAAGGGCACAUACUAUUCGAGCAUCCCCGGUCCUCACAUUGUGCACCCGAGCCCGCAGCGGACGCCGGUCAUCUUCCAAGCUGGCAGCUCUGGGGCGGGCAUGGCUUUCGCCGCCAAGCACGCCGAGGUGAUUUUCAUUGCCGCGCACAAGCCCGAGCUUGCCAAAAAGCGCGUAGACCAGUUCCGCGAAGGCGCCAAGGCAGCUGGCCGCGAUCCAUUGAGCGUCAAGGUGCUCGCGCUCCUCGCGCCGAUCGUCGCUGCGACGGACGAGAAGGCUCAGGAGAAGUUUGAAGAGUACUUUUCGCACGGCAGCGCGGAGGGCGCGCUGGCGCUUUUUGGGGGCUGGACCGGCAUGGAUCUCGGUCCGUUCGGCGACGAGGACGAGCUGCGCGCAGCAGAGAGCAACGCGAUCAAGUCUGCCGUGGAGAACUUUGCGCACCAGGCGCCGAGUGUCGGCAAGUGGACCAAAGGCCAGGUGGCGAACCAGCUCAAGAUCGGCGGCCUGGGCCCGUUUAUCGUCGGCGGGCCGCAAAAGGUGGUGAACGAGCUGGAGAAGUGGGUGAACGAAGCGGGCGUCGACGGGUUCAACUUAGCGUACGCGAUCACACCGGGCACGUUCCAGGAUUUUAUCAAGUACGUCACGCCGGAGCUGCAGAGGCGCGGGCACGUCUGGGCGGACUACCCGCAGCCGCAGCCGCCCGCACAGCCGCAGGCGCACAAGAAGACCGGCGAGCCUGGCUUUGGAGAGGAGAGUGCGGGCGGUGUCACGCUGCGCGAGCAUCUCUACGGUCUCGGGCAGCCGCGUCUCCGGAGAGAUCACUACGCGAGCAAGUUCACAUGGAAGGCUGGCGAGCCCGCACCUGCGCUGGGCUGAGACGAUCAGAUUUUGCGAUCUACUUUGGGGGGAGUGGCCUCAUCUUUACUUCGUAUGUAGUAUAUGUAUGCAACAGGAAGGCGUCUAUUCAUGUUACAUU